ACGAAAUACCAGAGGCAAUUUCGAUGAAUUUCUGAAAAAGAUACAAGAAAACAACAACGAAGAGAUAGAUGACUUCUUGUUAAGUGGGAAUGAAACGGCGAUAACUGAGGCGGAACAGAGAGGGGACGAUACACAACAAAAUCUAUUGACGGAACUCGAACUAGCUCUCCGAAAGAGUGACGUCGUUGCAGUCUGGCAACUUAUAGCUGAUGCAGAGGAGAGCGAGAUCAAGAAACUUGCUGCCUUACGGGUUGCGGAAAAGGUGAAAAGGAAAGAAGGAGAGGGACUUUGUACGAUCCUAAGGGACUCACUGAGCUGGAUUCUCACGUUUCAAAGCGACGAUGAGGGCCAAGAGACGGAAGCGGGAGGCGAAAAUGUUCACGAGAAAGCUUGGAUCAACAUUCUGACCAACCCGUUGUACAUGUGUCUCGAGUGGCUCCACAAAACAUCAUCGGCUGAGAAUGAAACAGAGACUGUGGAUAUCAUUAAAGCUGCCCUCGAAAAUGCUUGCCUUUUGGAAAAAAUUGCUGCAAACGAAAGUGACUACGACCGGGAUGAGUACAGGCAGAGGGCAAUGGAAUGCGAGAAAUUUGCCAUUGACAUCGUAGAGCAAAUACGCGCGUCUGAUUCAGGAAAGCUUUACAAGAUUAUGGAUAUUAAGGGAGAUGGCCCCUUACUAAACGGAAAUCACGAAAAUUUCGCUGAGAGUCUGAGUCUUCUCAAGAUGGCCGCUGAUACACAGCGCAAAAUGGUGAGAAUUGUAAGCUUAGAAGCAAGAUUCAAUCGCAUCCCUCUGCAUUAUCUUUGUUUGCACUUAAAGGUAUAAUAAAAGCAGCCUUUGUUUUCGUUGCGUGGAACGUUUGUCUGUUGUGAAUUCCCACAAACUGUGACACCAACAUGGCGCAAAAACAGGCACGCUCGUUGUGUCUGGUAUAAAAAUUCGUUUCAAUAGGAAAUGAUUGCUCUAGACGUUAAAAGACCAGUGCAUGGUUUCAAUCAUUUUGAAAUUUAAGUUUGAAGCUGGGAUGGUGAAAAUUAAAGAGCAUUGGUCACUUUAACCAAAUGGAGUGUGAGAUCUUGCCAAUUCUGAAAGUUUUAUUACCAUGCAAUGUAAAAUAUAAGGGACUGAUUAUUGGACAGAUGACUCAUUAAAAUGAUCAUUUUUAAUUGAAACAUAUUUUCUUCGGAGGUGAUCCCUUUUCUUCGCAACUUCGAAUACUUAAUAAGCAAAAUUUCAACAUUGAUGUAAUCGUGUAGAAUUCUAGUGUUUCAUAUAUUGAGAUUACUUGGAUUGUGAGAGUACAAAUAGUUUGAAUGAUUAAGUGAUGUGUAGUUAUUUGCAUUCAUGAUUUAUGAUUUUCUCUCUUUCCAGUUCGUAACAAGCCCCAAAUGCCAGUUCAUUCUUGAUGAGAUCGUUUACCGUGAGUGGCCCAUGUGGCAGGAUAAAGGGCUGGCCGUGAAGACCCUGAGGUUUCUCUUUCACUAUAUUUUCAUCACAUCUUUGGGUGUUAUCAUCUACCUUCCCUUGCGGCUUAUACUAAAAGGCUGUCUCUGCUGCAAGUCAAAUGACCAAGAGAGAUGCUGGAAACUUAGAAGGCUUUUCGAGCUUCCAUACUCCAAGUUCAUCAAUCAAACUAUGUCCUACUUAAUAUUUCUUUGUAUGAUCAUCGCCUCAACUUUUCAGAAUAAGUUUCAGACUAUAGAGACAGGCAUGUCGAAUAUAGGUAAGUCACUUUUGUUGCUAAUACUCGAGUGAUGACUAGUGACAGCCUAUAAAGGUCUAUCUCUUCAAAAUGCGCAAUGUUCGGGAAGUCCGUCUUAUAGGAUGGCAUGAGACAAAUGCCUAAUUAGUGCCCAGCAAGUUACAAUCAAAGCAUAUUUACUGCAAUAGCAUACCUAUCAUGUGCUUGUAAUUCAAAAACCGGUUUGUUGCAAUCAGCAAAUCAAAAUCUAAUUGAUAUUUUUAGAACAUUUAAAAAUUAUUUUUUUAAGUAGGUUCAGGGCCAUCUUAAAUUAAAGUCAAUGCUGCUCUGAACUUAAUCUACAAAUGUUCAAUUAAUCUUUUGAAGAAUCUUGAUAUACUGAUCAUAAUAACAUAGCAGAUGUAUUACAACAACAACAGUUCAUAGUUCAUAGUUUGAUAGACUUCAGUUGGCUUUUGAUUCUGACGAAGACUCUCCAGUUUCAUCUACUCAUGAGGCAUGUUGUGCGUGGAUGUGUGUCAGUUUCAGUGCAAGAGUAGAUAAAUUUAGUAUGCCGACAAAAUGUUGAUUUGAUUUGCUCGAUCUCAUUUACAGAGUUGGCUGCUCUCGCUUUUGUUGUGGGCCUUUUGGUUCAGGAGGCAAUGGAGGCCUACAGGCAAGGUGCCUCAAUUUACUUUUCAAAAUGGUGGAAUGUCGUAGACACAUUGAUCGUUUUAACAUUCCCGCUGGCCUACAUAGUUUGUUUUACUGCGCGGAUACAUUUCAAACAGUGGAAACCAAGAGAGACUGCGUUUAUCGCGGCUGAUGCCAUUUAUUCCACAGCAUCUGUAUUGGCCUAUUUCCACUUAGCACACAUCUUCCAAGUUAAUUCAGUGUUGGGUCCAUUACAGCUGUCACUUUACAGAAUGCUUAAGGACGUCCUCAAGUUUCUUGCCAUUUUUUUCCUACUUUACAUUGCAUUUGCUACAGGCGUAAUCAAUACAUAUUCGUAUUAUGUGGUUUCUCAAGAAAAACUUAAAAAAGAUGGCGACCCUGAUCAGUACCCAGCAGUUCCCCGAUAUGGCAAGUACGUAUAUAACCCUAUGAGCUCUAAUUAAACUUAAUAGGGGGCGCACGUAAGCUACUAAUUUACUUUACAAAAGCUUGGAGGACGUUUAGUGUAGACGCAUGAAAAAGAACAACGUUGAGACUGUGAGGACAAAUGAAGAGCCCACUAUUAUUGUUAAACAUUUACUCCCAUUAAAGUUCAGCAAUUAUCUAUUGCUCGAGUGAUAAGAGGGGUGGGAGGUCGAAGAAGUUUGGUUGUGUCACGUGAAAAAUUUACCUGAUCCUCCCCUCCCUCCUCGUUGGCAGCUAACUGGCAGUCAGUUUUCAAUAGCCCCCCCCCCUCCCAUUACAUCUUGUUGGCCCCGAUUCAUCCAACCUCCGUCCCCCUGAAGACCAUAAAGUCCCCCACAAAAAAUAUCCUCACAUCCCUCCCCCUCCCCCUCCCCCUCCCCCUUCCCUAGGCAACAAAUAACGACUGGUUCCUAAGCAAGGUUAAUCUGGCAGUUUCACCUGAGACGGCAUUUCCAAAACGGAAGGACAAGCAACCAGUUGUCACUGGGCAGAGAACAUUAGGCGAGAUUGGGUUAGACUGAUGACACCUAACUCGAUAUUUUUAUAUUUUAACGUAGCUACACUGAGGCUUUCAUUGGAAUGUUUUGGUUGUUACUUGGUUCGGUUGAAGAUGACGAACUUAAUGUUGAAGAUCCAGCGUUUCAUCUGACGUCCAUUUUCGGGCGUAUUUUUAUAAUAGGCCACGCCAUUUGCACAGUCAUAGUAGCUUUAAACAUGCUGGUCGCGAUGAUGAACAACUCUUUUAACAGAGUUAUGGUGAGUCAACGUUUCUUUGGUAAGGAUCAUAUUUAGCGCUGGCUUUAAUUGAUCCUAUUUACCUUAUACAUUGUGAUAAUGUAGCUGACAUACUGGAUUGUAUUUCAUGCACGUUUAAGAUUUCACCAGCUUGUGCUUCGUGUUUCAUUAGAGGUUCAAAAUACUCCCUAGAGAAAGAAACUCCUUGAACUGCAGCUAAACCUUUAAAGAUGUUUCUCGUUGUUUUGGAAACUAUUGCUAGCUAGUCAUAACUACAACGUCCUAUGUUGUGAUGUGGGAAUUAUUUUAAUGAGUAGUGCUUAGUUCAGUGAUCACUCCCUUGCAACAACAAACUGCUGAUGCUUUUUUAUGAUUGGCCAGUUUUUUUCUGCGGCGCUUCUCGCAGUGAAUUAAACACUUGUACACUGUUGUGGUUGACACCUGAUAAGUUUACGAUCUUAAUCACUCUUAAUAUCUUUUGUAGGAAAAUGCAAUCGUAGAGUGGAAGUUCUCAAGAACUCAGAUGUGGCUGGAAUGGAUCGACAAGGGCAAUACCAUACCUGUUCCAUUCAAUACAGUCUACUAUAUUCUCUACAUUUUCUUACCAAACUUCUGGAAAACCUGCUACAAUAAUCGGCGCGAAAACGUGAGAUAGUUUGUUAAUUUGAAUUAAUUAUCUCUGCAGCAUUUUGAGUGCAUUUAAAGGAACCUAAGAAUCACAUUUGCUAGUUCGCUUGCAGAGCGUUCAUAUAGAAAAGAAACAAAAAAAUCAUCGGCGUAUAUAACAAAGUUGAAUCUGGGAGGGACAUUGUACUAAACACACUUGUUAAAAUCCUCAAAUUAUAGAAUUGUAGCUCUUUUCAUAUAAUGAAAUGGAAUAAACGAACGAAAGAAGAAUCAAAAGAAUGAAUGAAUCAUUUUGAAAAUAAAUUAAAUUAAUAAAUUUCAAGAAAUGAUCGAGUGCCGUUCAACUAUCAUGCAGAUUAGGUGGUCAGUGCACCGAUUGUUUUGCCGCUGACCAAGUUCAUGACACUAUCCGUACCAGAAACCUAGAUUUCUGUCUGUGUUAUGAUCGUUUUUAUUUUUGUCCUAAUUUUACUCUUCCAUCAGGUAACCAGGGUGGCCAGGUUAGCCAAAUGUGAAUGUAUUGAGACUAUAAACCUGAAACGCUUCACAUUUCCUCUACAUUUCCUUUACAUUUCCUGAUUACUUGCUAUUUCAUUUUCUAUGGCGGCGAAGAGAGGUAAAAACGGUGAAAAAUUUAGCCAAAUGUCUCCUCUAGAGCGUAUUGAGACAGUAAACCAAAUUACAUGGCUCAAAUUAACUCUAUAAUUCUUAAGAUCUCAUUAGUAAUUCUCUUUACUGUCUGACAUACAAUUCUUAUGAUGUCAAUUUGGAGAACUUGGUAUUGGAUCAACUAAUAAUCCCCUAAUUGAUAUUUUACUUUAUUCUCAUCACUUCUAUGCUUGAUUUUGUAUUGGUAUUUUAAGGAGAAAUUCUUUCUUGGUCACUCAUGGGAGGUAAAGGUUUAAGGCUUGUUCCUCGUUUCUUCGUUACUAUUGUAUGCAGCACUUCACUUUACAUUUUUGACUGCACGAAAUUUUCCUCUUCUUUAGGUGAGGGGAGGAGACGGAAAUAAAAGAAAGGUUAGCCAAAUAUCCUGUUGCGAAUGUAUUGAGAUACUGUUACUGCUACAUACGACAUUUCACUUUACAUUUUCUGAAUGCUUAACUGAUACUUUUAAAGGAUGAGAAAAGAGAUGAAAAUGAUCGACAGGCGAGUUAAAUGUCUCAAAAGGAUUGAUUUGAGAAAGAAAAUCUUAGACACCUUAACUUCUGCCCAAUAUUUUUCGACCGUAUUCUGACUUGUGAGUAUCUCUUUGUUUCAGGCACGCAUGAAGGUAAUGAACGGAUUAGUUGUGGAGUAUCUUAUUGAUCGCUACGAAGAUAAAUGGAAGGAGCCCAUGGUAAAAACAGGAGCAACGCGCCCUUAAACGCAGUCCUUUUCCUCGGUUUUCGUUCUUAAACAGGUCAAUACUGAAGUCUCUGGAUUUAGAUAUACACUAGCAUUCAUCUGGUGCCCGGAUAUUUGUCCGCGGACAUUAUCUGAUGUGAGUAGCGAGCAGUUCAGGAGAGCGAUACUAGAGAAUACAUGUGAGCUUCGAGGAACAGAUAACGUCAAUUUUAAAGAAAGACUUCCAUCGCAUUGGAACAUUUUCGGUCACGUCAUGCACGUAUUAAAAACGAUCGCGUGUGCGCGAACGUAUGUGAUGGAUUAAAACCGGUGAUAUUUCUUAGAUAAUAUUUCCCAAUUGUCAGAAUUUGUGUGAAAUUGCGAUGUCGGAAAACCGUUCGCAUUCCGCAAUCAGAUAAUGUCUACGAAUAUAAGUAGCGGAGUAUAUUUUGAGCCAAAUAGAGGCUAUUGUGCGUUUUUCUCUGUUUUAUCCGAGGAUUUUUGAGCACCGUAAUAUUUUAGCAACAAAUCGUGCAUGAGCGAAAUUAAUUGAUGAUGAUUUUAAACAUUCUCCAGAGAAGAAAUAUAUUGCUUAAGGUUAGUCUUCAUUUUUAGCCGGUCAGACAGUUAAAAUAUCUAUAUUUGGUGUUACCAACAAUUAGUUAUCAGAAUUCAAGCACCUAACAUAUCAGUUUUUGAAUGACAGUUACAAAGAUAUGGCAUGUUUAGGUUACAAAUAGAAUAGAAAUUAUUUAAUUUUUGUAGAGACUAAACUACUGACGACGAUAUAGGGCAGUUGUGUCUUUAUAUCUACAUGUGGACCAUUUAUUUUUAGCAUAAUAUUAUACUUUCUCCAUACGUUGUUAGAAUAUUGUAGACUAAUAUGAUAUUAUCAAGCUUUUUCCGCAGGUAAUCGUUCGGCACUUUACCAAUUGGGGGAAAUGCUUCCUCGACUACAAGUGAUUAUGAAAUUUUAUUAGAAAAUAUUAGAGAUUUUUUAAUCUUUUACUCCCAAGAUCUCAAUAGUAAUUCUCCUUAUCGUCUGUCAUACAUUUCGUAUAAUGUAACUUUGGAGAAUUUGGUAUUAAAUCAACCGAUAAUCUAAUUGUUGAUAAUUUUUCUUUAGUCUCAUAAUUGUUCUUUUUGAUAUUGUGUUGAUUUUGUAAGGAGCAAUUAUGCUUAUAGGAGUUCAGGGUUAAUGCAAUAACCUAUAAGCGCUGGCGGACUUGGGUCUUUUGCAUCGAAUCAACUGUAGCAUGGAGCGUUGGAAGUUGUUUUCCUAAAAAUUAAAUUGUUUUCCUAAGCACUAAGACAAUAGUUAGCAAUUUCAACUUCAAGUCAAGUUUCCGUGACGGCAUCAGAACUAGUGGCAGUUCCCGGAUGUACCUGACUGCGUGACAAGAGUUGUUGUCGAUUCCUUAGUGCCUUUAUGUAAAUCUGUAGUAACGUGCACUUAUCUAUGUGCAUGGCCAGAAACGAAUCGAAAAUUAUUUAAAUAUACGUUCCAUUUAUAUGUUCCUUCCGUUAUUGGCUCAAAAGUGAAAACACUCAUUAAUAUUACAACAGCAU